CGGUUCAUGCUUCCUUUAAAUAGUGUCAUCCCAUCGCAUAAAAAUCAGACAGUCCCACAUUUUCCUCUAAAGUCUGUACGACGAUCGAUUCUGUGCGUUGCGGCAGCAAAAUGGUGAAGGACGGAAACGGCGUCUUCGUGGACGACGGUGGGUUACGGCGGAGAGGAUGCACGUUUCGUAAAAACGACUUCCUCCCUGAGGAGUCGUUUCAGAGCUGGGGCAACUACGGGAGGGCGCUUUUGGAUACUCCGUUUCGGUUCAAGGAUCGGGUCAUGACCCGGUCCAUGGAUCAAACGGAGCUCGUUGAGGUCAAGUCUCGUAGCCAGGGCGAGAUGAAGAAGACGCUCAACUGGUGGGACCUUAUGUGGUUCGGCGUCGGAGCGGUCAUCGGCGCAGGAAUAUUCGUUCUGACUGGCCUUGAGGCAAAGGAGAAGGCCGGCCCGGCCGUCGUGAUCUCUUAUGUCGUUUCCGGCGUCUCCGCCAUGCUUUCCGUCUUCUGUUACACCGAGUUCGCCGUCGAAAUUCCAGUCGCAGGUGGAUCAUUUGCAUACUUAAGGGUAGAGCUAGGUGACUUUGUGGCCUUCAUAGCCGCCGGAAACAUACUUCUCGAGUACGUGAUCGGUGGCGCCGCCGUGGCCCGAUCAUGGACCUCCUACUUCGCCACCCUCUGCAACAGAGGCUCCGACGACUUUCGCAUAGUUGUUCACAGCAUGGACCCAGACUACAAUCACCUGGAUCCCAUCGCCGUCGUGGUUCUAGCCGUCAUCUGCGUCCUCGCCGUCUUCAGCACCAAAGCCUCCUCUCGCUUCAACUACAUCGCCUCCGUCAUCCACAUGGCCGUCAUCAUCUUCAUCAUUGUCGCUGGUCUUAUCAAAGCCAACCCUCACAACUACCAACCCUUCGCCCCCAACGGCCCACGUGGCAUCUUCGAAGCCUCCGCCGUCCUCUUCUUCGCCUACGUUGGCUUCGACGCCGUCUCCACCAUGGCCGAAGAGACUAAGAACCCCGCCAGAGACAUCCCCAUCGGACUCGUCGGGUCCAUGGUGAUAACCACCGGAGCUUACUGCUUGCUGGCCAUAACCCUCUGCCUCAUGCAACAGUACACCGACAUUGAUCCCGACGCACCAUUCUCCGUCGCCUUUAGCGCGGUGGGGAUGGACUGGGCGAAGUACAUCGUGGCGGCCGGAGCGUUGAAGGGUAUGACGACAGUGUUGCUGGUGGGCACCGUGGGUCAGGCUCGGUACCUGACGCACAUAGCUCGAACGCACAUGAUGCCGCCAUGGUUCGCUCACGUGGAUGAGAAGCUCGGGACGCCGGUGAAUGCAACGAUCACGAUGAUAGUAGCGACGGCGGUGAUAGCUUUCUUCACGAAGCUGGAGAUCCUGUCGAAUCUACUAUCGAUUUCUACUCUGUUCAUCUUCAUGCUUGUUGCUUUGGCGCUUUUGGUCCGACGACACUACUCAACUGGAGUGACGACGAAGGCGAACCAGGUGAAGCUCAUAGUGUGUCUAGUGCUAAUACUAGCAUCCUCCGGUGCGAUUUCCGGGUACUGGGCAAAGAGUGAUGGGUGGGUCGGGUAUGUGGUGGCGGCACCGUUCUGGCUGGCAGGCACUGCGGGGCUGUGGCUGUUUGUUCCACAGGCAAAGCAGCCGAAGCACUGGGGAGUCCCACUGGUGCCAUGGCUUCCAUCUUUAUCAAUAGCCAUAAACGUGUUCCUUCUAGGCUCCAUAGACAGAGAAUCGUUCAUAAGGUUUGGGGUAUGGACGGCAUUUCUUUUGGUCUACUACGUCUUGUUUGGCUUGCAUGCUUCUUAUGACAUUGCCAAAGAGUUUGAGAAGAACAAGACUGCUUCUGUUGAUAAGGUCAUGGAAGAAGGUGUAAUGGCUGCUUCUUCACAUCCAGAAUCAAGAAUGUAAAUAUAUAUUAGUUUAUAUAUAUAUAUAUAUAUAUAAUUUCUAAUUAAGCUUUCCAGAUGAUUGAUUAUUAGCGACGAGUCUAAAUUAUCUUGUGUGCGUUGUCGUUGUGUUGUUGUUUUAAAUGAAUUUCUUGUGCAGUUGUUCGAGUUCUUGGUGUAAUUUUGUUUUGUCCAUGGGUUUCUGUUGUGAACUUCAAUUGAGUUUUAGAUUUCUAUUAUCUAUUUA